UCGUUAUGUUUGCCAUUUCAGAUCAAGGGGAUGACGUGGGCGUCUGCGAGCGGCCUAACACGAAGCUUCAGAAUGCGGUUUGCUACGCCAUCGACGGGGACCAGAUCAACGUGCUCAACAUCCUCGCCCAGAAGAUGGAGGAACCGUGGAUGCCGUUCCGGGUGCGGAAACCGUUGCUGCACAUCGCGUGCGAACGGGGUGCCUGGAAGUGCGUCCAACAUCUGGUACAAACCCGCUCGGACGAGAUCAACCUCAUCAAGGACGAGUACUACCCGAUCCAUCAGGCUGUGCUGCAUGACGGACGGUUUCUGGAGUUGCUGAUCCAGCAUGGUGCCAUUACGACGGUGCGCACGUGCACCCAGCAGAUGACGCUGCUGCAUGUCGUCAUCUUAGCGGCGAGGAAAUCCGCAGAAGAUACCCUCAACACUAUCCGAAUACUGUUGGAACGUGGCUGUAAAGAGCUCAUCAACAGUCCCGAUUCGUUGGGUAAUACUCCACUGCACGCCAUCAUCGUUCGCUACGCACUAGAGGAGGCUAGGUACGGCUACGACAAAUGGAACAAGUGGGAUGUGCUACAUUUGGUGCGUUUUCUGCUGCAGAACGGUGCCAAGAGCUCAAUCAACCAGGCCGGUAACAGUGCACUGGCCUGCGUCUUUCGCCAUAUUAGAGACUGGGAAGUGUGCUAUGAACUGUUGAAUAUGCUGAUCAAGGAAGGAGGAGAUCCAAACAUCGUAGGACGAGAUGGAUCUGUUCCGAUUAUGGUAUGCCUGGUGCCGCUGAUUAAUAAGGAUCCGCUGCACCAUUUUACGCAUUCGAUGAAGGUGUGCUACCUGAACUGCAUUCGGAUACUGCUGCAGAAUGGUGCAAACCCAAACUGUUCGUACCGCUCGAAUCUAACGCCGCUGCACGUGCUGAUUUUUACCGUGUCGGAAAACUUUACCCUCAACUGUGAUACGCAGAAGCGCGCCAAUUUCGACUUCAUAAAGAAUAUUCUGAUCCUGCUGCUGCAGUACGGGCUGGAUUGCAACAUUACGACCCAGCACAUUCUGCAGUCGGUGAUCGACAUGAUCGCAAAUGUACGUACCUGUCCGGAUAUUCUGUGCGUGUACGAGCUACUGCUGGUGCUGAUUCAGUACGGAACUGACCCCAACAUCACACUGAGCAAUAAGCUGAUAAUGAGCGGUAGCAGUAGUUCGUCGAUGAAUUAUGUCAAUGAUUUCAUUAAUUUCGGUGGCAUGAGAGCCGUUGGAGGUGGUGAUGGAGCCGGCCCCAGCGGGAGUGGAGCAGCAGGACCAGUCGCACCUAACGGAACCGGAACGGCCAGCAAUGGCAACGGAAGUGACAAUCUACGUAGCUCUUUUCGAAAUAACGCACGUAACUAUUUACUGUUCUAUUACAUUAUGCUCAUUACUCGGAAGGAGUUUAUUCUGCUCGAUCGCGAGCAAACCUAUCAACGUAUUAUCUAUCUAUUUUAUUACUCGAUGAAGCACGAUACGCUAUUCAACUGCCUCAAAUCGCUGCACAAUCUGUUUAUAGCGCAGGUCCCGAACAAAUCUAUCGAUAAUCUGAGGCACCUGAUAAUCACACUCUACAAGAAACCUCGUAGUCUAAAACAACUCUGUCGGGUAUGUAUAUUCAAUAGUUUAGACAAGAAGCUGGCGCCGAGCAUAAAUAGGCUCAAUUUGCCACUUCCCCUAAAAGAAUACGUACUGAACUUCGAAGGGUAGAUCCUUAAACUGUUGUACACACACCCCCUAAUCUCUCUCUAUGAAUAUAAAUGUCCACGUUUUUCAGUGUUAGAUAUUGUGUAUAUAAGAAAUAAAUCCGAUCUACAAAUACAAAACAACUAAAUGAAUUAAAACAAUCACUACCAGACGGUAAAACAGGAUAACACAGCAAAACCAGUCACAUCAAGACAUCUCGAUAAAAAAAGCAAAGGUUAACUGAUUACAGGUGAAACAGUGUUGGGCGAACUAUUUUGCCCGCAGUGCCCUUACGCUCCUUUUCCUCUCACAAACAUUUUUUUUCUUUCCACGGAAAUAGACUAAUCUAUGAACACAAGAAAAAAAAAUCCUAUCCGCUUUAUCUCAAAUACAGUCAAACAAAACUCAGUGUGGUCAUGCAAAACUUUAUCGUGUUUAAUGAUCUAUUAUUGAAAUAAAACAAACAAAUCAUA